AUGGCUCACCUCCUGCGCGGAAAGCAGGCGGGCAUCCAGAACGACCUCUCCGCCGGUCUCACCCCCGACCACUUCCAGAUAGACGACAUCCGCCGCUACGGCAUCAACUCGCAAGUCGCAAAGCUCGCAUUCGACCCCGUUCAGUCGCUUCUCGCCGUCGGAACGAAAGACACGCAAUUCGGCCGCGGGCAGAUUUAUGUUUUCGGCGAAGGUCGUGUGAGCGUCGUGUUCCAGCUGUCCACCAAGGCGUCCGUCGUCCAGCUCCAGUUCUGCGCCGACAAGCUCGUUUGCUUGGAUUCCAAACAUGAUCUCUCCAUAUUCUCGCUGGAGACCAAGAAGCUGGUCCGUUGCUUUUCGCCGCCUGGCACCGUCACUGCCUUGCAUACCGAUCCGGCCAUCGACUAUGCAAUGUUGGGAAUGCAAAACGGUGACGUCCUUGCCUACGACCUCGACCGCGAAUGCCUUGCACCUUUCAGGAUACCGUAUUUCUGGAAGGAAUACGACUCUCGUGCUCGCAUCUCGCCUGUCAUCACGCUGUCAUUCCACCCUCGUGAUAUCGGGAAGCUGUUGAUUGGAUAUAACGAUGGCGCAGUCGUAUACUCGUUCAAGCAGAACAUGCCUCAGAAGUUCUUCCACUAUCAUCUCCCACAGGGUGCUCCCGGCGGAGACUCGGACCCAAGCUCCGUCAGCAUGGCGCGGAGCCCCAGGCUGACCCAAGCUGUGUGGCAUCCCACUGGAACCUUCAUCUUGACCGGCCAUGAGGACAGCAGUCUUGUCAUAUGGGACCCGAAAGAUGGCAAGGAUCCUAAAGAGAGCCGCAUCAUCAUGGCCAGGACCCUUCACGACACGAACGUCAACCUACCGGGGGGUGGUGCUACUACUGUCGGUGUCACUCCUGGCUCCUUUGCUGUAAAAGAGCCAAUUUUCCGUAUUGCUUGGUGUGCAAACCAGGAUCCGGACGACACUGGAAUCCUGGUCGCAGGUGGUGCUCCUACAACUCUGCCCACGAAGGGUCUGAACUUCUUUGAGCUAGGCAGAACACCCGUUUAUCAGACAUCGUCUUGGCCAGUCCUUGCCGCCCACUUUGAAAACCCUAAGCGCCAGCGCAUCCUCCCAACGCCCCCCAAUGCCGAAGUUAUUGAUUUUUGUUUGAUACCCCGCAGCUCGCCUCACUUUGCAGGCGCACAAGACCCGAUUGCCGUUCUUGCUCUGCUCUCUUCAGGAGAGAUUAUCACUCUAAGCUUCCCUAGUGGUUUGCCUAUCACGCCGACGAACCAGCUUCACCCUUCUUUAACCUUCAUCCACCCUUUCAUCAAUAACUUCGCUCUUGCUCCCAUCGAGCGGACGAGGUGGCUUGGUAUGACCGAGAGUCGCUCACACGGCCCGGCAAUAGUGCAAGGUGGUGUGGCAGCUAAGCAUCCCCUCAAACGUUUCGAGAACCGCAACGUCGUCCAGACCGCACAUGCGGAUGGUACCAUUCGGCUAUGGGAUGCCGGCCACGGAGAUGAAAUCGAAAACGAGGCCGCCCUCCAGGCUGAUUGCGCUCGGGCUGUUGGAAAGCAAGGGGGUACUGAGGUCACAAAGAUGUCCUUGGCUGGUGCUACCGGUGAAUUAGCCGUCGGUCUCCGCAGUGGCGAAGUUGUUGUGUUCCGCUGGGGUACAAAUCCAAAGGUUGGCACAGAGCCAACUCCCCCGGAGCCCAACACGCCGAAGGCACUUACCAAUAUCAUUUCACGACGUGAUCCUGCCCUAAAGGAGGGUCUUCUUCCUCUUACUCUUCUGGAUGAGCAAAACGGACCUGUCACUUCGCUGAAACUAGCGGAUAUCGGAUUUGUUGCUGCUGGUUUCGAGGGUGGAAGCCUAGCCGUGAUAGAUUUGAGGGGUCCUGCGCUCAUUUACCAAGCAAACAUGCAGGAUUUUAUCAAAGCAGACAAACGGUCGAGCUUCCGGAGAAGUAGUGCGACAACCACACCGAAGCCAGAGUAUCCUACGUCCAUCGAGUUCAGUGUCAUGACGCUUGAAGGCGAAGAGUUCUCCAGCGCGCUACUACAUGUUGGUACCAACUUGGGCCACCUCGCAACGUUCAAGAUGCUCCCCGAUGCCGAGGGGCGCUAUAAGUGCGAAUUCAUGGGCUCGGUGACGCUCGAUGAUAAGGUUGUUCGAAUUGCUCCCAUUUCAGCAGAAUCCGGUGCACCUGCUCUUGCCACGCAGCGAGCUUUCGCUGGUUUGCGUGAAGGCUUCAAAGUCAACGGCGUACUUGUCGCCGUCACUCAGUCUGGUGCUCGCGUCUUCAAGCCAGCAACAAACAAGGGCGCACACAAGUCAUGGGAUGAGUUCCUCUGCGACAACGCCGCUGUCACCCGCUACGAAGACCAAGGCUACGCACUUGUCGGCCUCUUUGGAGACGGCUGCGCUAGAUCCUACAGUCUCCCAGCUCUCAAGGAGAUUGGUUCGGCCAAUAUCUCGCACAUCAUGGAUGUGCGUCGCUUCGCGGAUGCAACCAUCACACCCUCUGGUGAUAUCCUUGGCUGGGUUGGUCCUGCAGAGAUUGCCCUCAUCAACGUUUGGGGCAUCGGCCAAAACCUUGUUCAUAGGAAUGAGGACGCACUCUUCAAUCCCAACAUGGUGAUUCCGCCCCGUCCGACUAUCAGCAACAUGCAGUGGAUUAGCGGCUCGCAGCACGUCACGCCCGAAGACAUCGACUUGCUCAUUAGCGGACCCGAUCGGCCCCCGUCAAAACGCGAGAUCGCGGCCGCCCGCGACGAGGAGCGCGCGCGUCUGGAGCAGGAGCGUGCCGCUAAAAGGCAGGCGACAGAAUCGUCAGCGGCAGCGGCGGCAGGCGGUGCAGUAGAAGGCGCCAGCGACGAAGGCUACUGGGCGUAUUUGCAGCGGCAGAUGAACGAGCGCACAGAAAGGCUAAAUAUCAUGGGGGACAAUAUGGAGAGGUUGCAAGGCAAUUCGGCGGGCUUCGCGUCGGAUGUGCAGAAAUUUGUGGCGAAGCAGAAGAGAGGAAUGGUGAUGGGUGCAGUGAAGAGCAAGUUUGGCUUCUAA